AUGACCAACACCUUCACAUUCACAACUCCCCAAAGAAGAAUAUUGUCCAAUGAGGACAUGGAAAAAUGGCAAUCCAGCGAAACCCAUGAAGAUAUAGUCCAAUUCGUUACAGAAUUAGCAGAUUCAGUAGUUGGCAAAGAGAACUCGUCAGAAUGUUACAUUUCUUCAAACACACAGGCUGUUCUUGAUAUAUUAGAUGUUGUAUUGGGUAUAAUUAAAGCACAUCCAGUGGUUCAGGAUAAAAACACUUCAAGAUUUGGUAAAGUUGAAUUCAGAGAUGUUUAUGAUGAAAUUAAUACAAAAUCUGGUGAUAUACUGAAGGAACAUUUGGAUGAGCUAUCCAAGAUUGAAGGUGAUCCUACAAUAGAAUUAACUACCUAUUUCAAUGAAUCAUGGGGGAAUAGAACAAGAAUUGACUAUGGAUCUGGUCAUGAAUUGAAUUUUCUUGCACUUUUGUUGUGUUUGAGGAAACUAGAGAUCUUUACUCCGGAGGAUAAUACAGCGAUUGUUUUACAAAUCUUCAACAAGUAUAUAUCGGUGAUGAGAGUUUUCCAAAAAGAAUAUUGGCUCGAACCAGCUGGCUCACAUGGUGUUUGGGGGUUAGAUGAUUAUCAUUUCUUACCAUUCUUAUUUGGUGCUGCUCAAUUAUCAACACAUCCACAUUUACGUCCAAAAUCAAUCCACAAUAAAGAUCUCGUGGAGGAGGUUCAUGAAAAAUUUAUGUAUUUUGAAUGUAUCCAUUUCAUCAAUUCCAUCAAAACUGCAUCUUUAAGAUGGCAUUCACCAAUGUUGGAUGACAUUAGUGCAGUCAAGACCUGGAAGAAAGUCUCUGAAGGUAUGAUUAAGAUGUAUAGAGCUGAAGUUUUAGGUAAACUACCAAUUAUUCAACACUUCUUUUUUGGUUCCAUAUUGAAAGCACCUGAAGGUUGCUCACCACCAAGAGAAACAGACCAUGAUGAUUCUUGUGAUCACCACCACGAUCAUGAUUCAGAGGAAGGAUUGCCUCUUCAUCAACAUACUUGGGGUGAUUGUUGUGGUAUCAAAAUUCCAAGUGCAAUUGCAGCUAGUGAAUCCAACAAGAAUAAACCAAUUCCAUUUGAUUGA